GUGGAAGCCCCCGCGAGGCGCGGCUUAAAGAUCCCUCCGCGGGGGUCUCGCGCGCCAGCUGAUGGCGGCGACCCACUUCAGCGUGAGACGAAGAGAAACCGCGGGAGCUGCGCGUGCGGACUGUAAGUUUUAAACGGAGCAAGACAAACAAACAACAAGCGGGCUCAACAGAGGGUCGGAGGAGAGAGCUGAAGUCUGAGGGAGCUGGAAUUUUCUCUGUCGUCCACGGAUAAAAAAAGAUCCAACACAGGAAAGGAGGCAAACGCCCAGCAUGCAGCACUACGGGGUCAACGGCUACUCUCUGCACGCCAUGAACUCCCUGAGCGCCAUGUACAACCUGCACCAGCAGGCUGCACAGCAGGCUCAGCACGCACCUGACUACAGGCCCUCUGUGCACGCUCUCACGCUGGCGGAGAGACUGGCUGACAUCAUCUUGGAGGCUCGCUACGGAUCUCAGCACCGCAAACAGCGCCGGAGCCGCACGGCCUUCACCGCUCAGCAGCUGGAGGCGCUGGAGAAGACCUUCCAGAAGACACACUACCCAGAUGUGGUGAUGAGAGAGCGACUCGCCAUGUGCACCAACCUGCCCGAGGCCCGAGUCCAGGUUUGGUUUAAAAACCGCAGAGCAAAGUUCAGGAAGAAGCAGCGCAGUCUCCAGAAGGAGCAGCUUCAGAAGCAGAAGGAGUCAGGGGAAGGAGGGAGCGAGAAGGAGGACGCCUCCUCCUCAGCCACCGUCCUUCCUGAUCCCCAGCUACCUCAGUCGUGCUCUUCCUCCUCCUCCUCGGAGACGGCAGAGGGUCCCGGGGUUCGUCCUGUCGCUCUGGACAUGGAGCUGAACGUCACCUCUGCGGAACAUUCCGGCAGCGAGUCAGCAAUGGAGGACAACGCCACAGACAAGGAGGAUGAGUGUAAAGCUCCAGGACAGGAGAUGAAGUGCGAGAGGGCGCUGACCCCUGCAGACGCCUCCCCGGGAUGCAAACGGCUCAGCCCUAAACCAGAUUCUCCCUCAGUGUCUCCAUCGGUGACUCCGUCCUCCUCCUCCAGCAGCAGCUUGACCAACACGGGCCCCCUCUCUCAGACCCACUCCUACUCCUCCUCUCCGCUGAGCCUGUUUCGUCUCCAGGAGCAGUUCCGCCAGCACAUGGCCGCCACCAAUAACCUGGUGCACUACCCGGGUUUUGAGCUGACGGCCCCAUCCUCCCUCCCGUACCUGGGAAUGAACGUCAGCAUGCCUCCCGCUCCUCUGGGCUCCCUGCCCUGCCAGUCCUACUACCAGUCUCUGUCCCACCACGCCCAGCAGGUGUGGAACAGCCCGCUGCUGCAGGCCUCGGCUGCAGGAGGCCUCAGCAGCCACAACAGCAAGACCACCAGCAUCGAGAACCUCCGUCUGCGGGCCAAACAGCACGCUGCCUCUUUGGGACUGGACACGCUGUCCAACUGAGGCUGGCUCUGUUAACUAGACACCACAGCAUGUCCGAGAGCCCGUCUGCUGACACCUAACAUCUCCAUCCACCAAAACCAUCUGCUUCUGUACUCGUUUCAGUUGGAGCUUCCAGCGUAAAAAUGACUUCAAAGUAAAAGUUUAAAAAAAAAAUGUAAUUGCUGCUAAAAUGAUUGCCGGUUCAGACUAAAAGAUGUGAACAGCUGACGGGGGUUAAAUGACAAUGCAAAUCCUGUUUACAUGAGAAUGAGGCACUUUGGAUGGCAAUUACAUGUGCAGGAAAAGAGACUUUUCAUCUAAGCAGCUGUUUUACAGCGAGAACUGCACAACAGCACAUUAAGAAAAGCUCUUUAGUCUUGAGCAAUGGCUACUUUAGCAGUUCUAAUAUUGAUAGAAUCUGCAGUCACUAACUUGAUACUGACAAUAAAAAUUGAAAGAGAUUAAAUGACACAAACUGUUGAUUUUAGAACACAAAUCUCUUUUUCUUUGAUUUUCUCAUUAAUGUUUAAUCUUGUUUGAGGGUGAAAUGCAUUUUUCUCCACACUAAGCACUUCACACACAUCCCUAAUGUUCUCAUUACAAAAAGCACAUUAUUUUAAAAUGAUAUGUAAAAAAAAAAAAAAGCUAUCUAUUAAUGUUUACUUGUAGGGUAAUCGUUGUAAUGAUUGUAAGAUUAUAUUCCAGCGCUUUCUGUCACGAGUUCAUUUGUUUUUAAAAAGGGAACACUUCUGGAAAGUCAAAGCCUUCUGCCAUUUGUAAGAAAGGGAAAGAAAGUGGAAAUACUCCUUGAGUGAAUAUUUGAACCUGUGUGUCAUUUCUGACGCCGUUUCUGUGACCAAUAGGUUCUGAUGGUGGAGAAAAGCCUUCGCCGUGUUCCGUUUUUGGGUUUUGCUUUUCUUUGUAAUGUAGUCUUGAAUUACUGUUGAUGUUAAAUACCGGUAAAUGAAAAUAAAAACUUUGCUUGAAGAGCUUUAUAA